AUGUUAAGUCCUAUCUUGAAAAGGGUGGAGGCAUUGGACAGGGUGAAGGAGCUGUCAAAUAUUUUAGCUUUUAGUUACUACAACUUGCCUUAUCAACUAAAGCCCUGCUUCCUUUACUUGGGAAAAUUCAAAGAAGAUACUGCUAUAGAUGCAGAGACGCUAUAUGAGCUGUGGCUCGCUGAAGGCAUGGUACUUGCAAAUGAUAGGGUAGGGCAAGAAUCAAUGAUGGAUGUUGCUGAGCGUUACUUAGAAGAAUUAGCAAAACGGUGCAUGGUUCGGGUAGAAAUACAUGAGGUGCUGCCCGUAGUCACAAAGUUCAAGUCAUGUCGUGUGCAUGAUCUCAUGAGAGAUCUAUGCUUGCUCAAGGCAAAAGAGGAGAAAUUGUACAAGGUUAUUGAGCUUGAUCAAAAUGCUGCUGUCAAGUUAGCACAAUCUCCACCUCAAAUAGGAGGACAUUACAUAUUUUGCCUUCGUUUCCAUGCAGUGGAAUCCUUAUACCCGAAAGUAUAUAUUCCCCUGCACAAAGAUCAAACAAAGCAUCUUCAUUCAUUUGUGUGUGAACCAAUGAAUGGAGACAACAAAAACAAAUUUCCAGGGAGGGGAAUAAUGUCCCAAGUUAACAAUUUGAAGAUGCUUAGAAUUGUGGCAAUUGAAAACUCCAAUAUGGCUUCCCAAAGCUUUUAUUCAAGAUCACUCAUGCAAUUUAUAGGCAAUCUUAUCCACUUGAGAUGCUUGAGUUUGAAAGGUUGUACUGAUUUGACCUUGCCAUAUUCCUUGGGCAAUCUAAAGUACUGA